AUGACGGGGCACGAUAGAGCUGAAUGCCUUCUGGGGCUACUCGAAGCCUACUGCAAUGCGACGGGUAUGGCUGCGAAUGCCGCCAAGUGCGAGGUCCUCAUUUUUGGGGGUGCUACGCGUGAGCGGAAGCGGCUUGUUGAAGCUGAGUACCGGUUAGGCUUUGUGACUGUGGAGCGGUUGAAGAUGAGUUGCAUGUUUUCGAAGAAUGUCCCGCUUACAAGAGCAUACGGGCUAAGUAUGAUGCACGACUUCGGCUGGGGCCCAUCAGGCCGUAUCUCAGCCCUGUUUCAAGCCAGGAUGAAGCUGGGCGGCCGAGGCCACAACUGGCCAGCAGGGCAUGGCCUCAUCCUCCACACCGACUGCCCGGACACGUACUCACCGUACUGUAUCGGGCUAUCCCUGCACUACGGCAACCUGGCCAGACGCCUGCGCGCGUGCAUCUCGCCAGGUCACCCUCCACCCCUCCUGCCUUAA